CUUUUGCGAGUGAUACUGGAAAAAAAACGGAGAAUAAAAGUCCUUGGCUAAACCACUUUUUCUUCCUUUUUAGUUCUUGAAAUCAUGAAUCCUGUUUAUAGCCCUGGUUCUUCUGGGGUUCCCUAUGCAAAUGCCAAAGGAAUUGGUUAUCCAGCUGGUUUCCCCAUGGGCUAUGCAGCCGCAGCUCCUGCCUACUCCCCCAACAUGUACCCUGGAGCGAAUCCUACCUUCCAAACAGGUUACACUCCUGGCACACCUUACAAAGUGUCCUGUUCCCCCACCAGUGGGGCGGUGCCACCAUACUCCUCCUCCCCCAACCCCUACCAGACCGCUGUGUACCCUGUGCGAAGUGCCUACCCCCAGCAGAGCCCCUACGCGCAGCAAGGCACGUACUACACACAGCCCCUGUACGCAGCACCCCCUCACGUCAUCCACCACACCACAGUGGUGCAGCCCAAUGGCAUGCCGGCGACGGUGUACCCUGCUCCCAUCCCUCCACCUAGAGGCAACGGCGUCACCAUGGGCAUGGUGGCUGGGACCACUAUGGCCAUGUCGGCAGGUACCCUGCUGACUGCCCACUCCCCAACUCCUGUUGCCCCUCACCCAGUCACUGUGCCCACAUAUCGGGCCCCAGGAACGCCCACCUACAGCUACGUGCCCCCUCAGUGGUGAUCACCCUGCAAAUGUUUGAGGAUGGAGCUGUGCAGUCACAUCAUGGAGGUUCCACAGCUGGUGCUGCAGGCCUCGCGCCUCCAACCCGGACUUUCUUCUUAAUGCUCUCUACACUUAGCUAAACACUACUAUGGCCCGGCCCAGCAGGUCCCAGCGCCAUUAGUCUCCAACUAACUCUGUGGGUUGGUCUUAAAGCAAAUCCUGUUUUGUGGGCUGCCUGGCAAUUUUUUAGCUAACUGUAAUGAUUAAAAGGGAGUAUUAAUCUAUUCUGAAUCAUAUCUAGUUGAAUGCAUGUUUAAAAAAACAAACACAAAAACAAAGCUUGCUCAAUCUACCUGCAGUGACUGAUGCAAAACCAUCAUUAUGCAAAACCCAAAGGAAUGGAAAAGCAUUUUAUAACUUGUAUCACUAAUGCACUGUUGUAAUGUAUGCAGAGUCUUAAAAGUGUUAAAGUGAAUUUCUUCAUAGAGUAUCUGAAAUCCCUUAGAUGAUGAUUCUUCAGCCUUUGGGGUUGAGGUGGAUUGCCAGUUGGGAACGUGGACUUUUGAGUUUUCAGCCAUCUGUUUCUUUUCACACUGACUGCACGGCAAGGGGAGAGAGUUACGGGGACAGGGAGAGUGCAGGGAGAGCCACCACUGCCGGGGACGCAGCCAGCUUACUGGGCAUCCCUAUCUUGCCAUUUAGUCUUGCGGGGCAUUGUGGUAUGGACAUUCUUAAAGAUCAUCAUGAAAGUGUAGAGUGUGUGGCCAGUAUAGCUGGGGGCAAG